AAAAAAAACUCUACUACAAUCAUCAUGUUUGACACGAGCUGAAAAUUCAUGUAUUUUUACUUCCUUUCCUUCUCUGUUUUUACUCCAAGAUGGGUAUAAGUCGUGAUAGCGCUCAUAAGCGAAGGGCCACUGGUGGCAAACGCAAGUCCCUCCGCAAGAAGAGGAAGUUCGAGUUAGGACGUCCAGCAGCAAACACUAAACUCGGUGGUUCACGUAUCCAUCAAGUCCGCACCCGUGGCGGUAAUGUCAAAUACCGUGCUCUCCGUUUGGAUACCGGCAAUUUCUCGUGGGCCUCCGAAGGUGUUGCCCGCAAGACCCGUAUCAUCGAUGUCGUGUACAAUGCCUCCAACAACGAGUUGGUGCGUACCAGUACGCUGGUAAAGAAUGCCAUCAUCGUGAUCGAUGCCACUCCAUUCAGACAGUGGUACGAAUCCCAUUACAUCCUGCCUUUGGGACGCAAGCGUGACCCCAAACACGCUAGCAAAGACGAUGAGAACGAUGUUCUCAACAAGAAGCGCAGCGAUCGUGUGAUGAAGAAAUACUUGGAUCGCCAAAAGCACGCCAAGGUUGAGCAAGCUUUGGAAGAUCAAUUUAUUUCUGGACGUAUUCUUGCUUGUGUAUCAUCCCGCCCAGGACAAUGCGGUCGUGCUGAUGGUUACAUUCUUGAAGGCAAAGAACUUGAAUUUUACCUUAAGAAGAUUAAGAAAUAAAAAGGAAGCGCUAUGCAAACAUAGUUUUAUAUGAAA